ACUGUGUAUCACAGUUCGAUAGACGUUCGACCUCAACGCAGGUCCAGUCACUCCUAACAUAACGUAAACUGUAUAAGUUAGCCAGAUUAAAAUGUUAUUAGAAUUAUUUAUAGUGCUUUUAAUUGUUUCAAAAACACAAUUAAUCAGUUCUGAUGAAAUAACAGUGGAAACUGUGAACAGUGACGAAGAAAUAACCAUCGAAAAUGUUUAUAACGAAAAUAUUGUGCCUUUUGACUUAAGAACAGUUAAAACGAAUAUUGAUUUUAAAAUUCGUGCAAAAAGUAAGAGAAAAAAUGGAAGACAAGAACGUUCGCAAUUUAAUAACCCUUUCAUAGACAUAAUUGCCCAUGUUGUUGGGAGUCACUCAAGCUCUAAAGCGACAAAUUUCUUCAACUUCCUGCAGGAUCAAUAUCCUUUACCUGGAGGUCGUCAAACUCCCCUACCGGAGUACGACUUCGUGAUAGUCGGCGCUGGUUCCGCCGGCUGUGUGUUAGCGUCGCGUUUAACUGAGAAUAGGAAUGUGACAGUGCUCCUGAUAGAGACUGGAAAGCCGGAGAUGCUGUUAACUGAUAUACCAGCUAUCGCACCGUAUUUCCAAGCAACGCCAUACGUCUGGCAUUAUUACAUGGAACCGCAAGCUGGUGUUUGUUUAGGUAUGGAAAACGGUAGAUGUUUCUGGCCUCGCGGCAACGCGGUCGGAGGGACGAGUGUAAUCAACUACAUGAUCUACACGAGAGGCAGACCUGAGGAAUGGGACAGAAUAGCUGCUGCCGGGAAUUAUGGCUGGUCAUAUAAGGAAGUUGUGGAAUAUUAUAAAAAAUCAGAGAGGGCCAAAUUGGACGGGUUCGAAAAAAGACCUCACAGAAAUCGAGAUGGAGUGCUUCCUGUGGAAUUUGUGCCAAUUAAAACCAAAUUAAUAAAGGCGUUCUUAGACGCUGGAAGAAUACUUGGACAUCCAACAGUCGAUUACAACGCUCCAGAGAAAAUGGGUUUCGGGAAAGUCCAGGUGACAAUGUCUAUGGGCCGCAGAUUCAGUGCCGCAAAAGCAUUCUUACAUACACACAAAAACAGACCUAAUUUACACAUUCUACCCGAAACCAGAGCAACGAAAGUAUUGAUAGAUCCUCAAACCAAAACAGCAUACGGUGUCGAGUAUGUGCGCAAUGACGUGUUACAAAGAGUGACUGUACGCAAAGAAGUAAUUCUGUCUGCUGGACCUAUAGCAUCUCCACAAUUAUUAAUGUUAUCAGGAGUAGGUCCCAAAGAUCACUUAAACUCAGUCGGGAUAAACGUUAUCCAAGAUCUUCCAGUAGGAAAAAUUCUUUACGAUCACAUUUGUUUCCCCGGACUCGUAUUUACUGUAAAUGAAACAAAUAUUAGCUUCCUCGAAUCUCAAGCAUCUCGUAUACCAGUAGUUGUGCAGUGGCUUAAAAAUGGAGACGGUCCAAUAUCAUCGCCAGGCGGAGUAGAAGGAAUUGGAUAUAUUAAAACUCCGAUUUCAGAUGAUCCAGAGUUAGUUCCAGAUAUUGAACUUAUCAGUAUUGGAGGUUCAAUAGUUUCCGACGGAGGACCGGGGGGAAGUAAAGCUGUACGAAAAGGAAUGAGAAUAACAGAGAAUGUUUUCAAUAGUGCAUUUGGAGCUAUAGACAACACGAAUACAUGGAGUACAUUCCCUAUGUUAUUGAAACCAAAAUCUAUCGGAUAUUUAGAAUUGAAAGACAGUAAUCCCUUCAGUCAUCCGAAGAUGUAUGGUAAUUAUUUGACUGAUCCCCGCGACGUGGCGACAUUCGUAGCAGCGAUUCGACAUGUGCAAGAAUUGACAAUGACUGAACCGUUCCAAAAAUAUGGUACUAAACUGUAUCAGGCUAACUAUCCAACUUGUCGUGGUUUACAAUUCAACUCUGAUGAAUACUGGGAGUGUGCAGUGCGAACUCUUACGGCGACAUUGCAUCACCAGGUGGCGACAACUCGUAUGGGACCUAUAAGCGAUCCUUCGGCUGUGGUAGACCCUGAACUAAGAGUGUACGGUAUAAAAAGGCUACGUGUCGUCGACACCGGUGUAAUACCGGUUCCAAUCUCCGCUCACACAAAUGCCCCCGGUAUAAUGAUAGGUGAAAAGGCUGCUGACAUGAUAAAACUAUCUUGGAAUAUAUUUUAAUCAAAAUUGUGUCGGAAAGGUGCUUCUUUAUUUUUCCGAUGAAA